GUAUUACGCUGCGCGUCCGCAAGUAGUGAGCAAGACUCGAGCUCUAUCUUGCGCAGUGCGCGCGACAAGUUCUAACUUGCACUUUGCGGCUAUCGAGGUCCGGCCUGCCGAGCUUAAUUACAGGGGGAGGGCGACUGGGCCACCCUCUGCGACCAAAGAGACUG